UCCCCACGCCUUAAAAACUCCACUUCCCAUGUCUGUUGCUAUAUAUAACCUUUCUUUAGUGAAGCAUCCUAUUAUUCUCUCUGUAUUCCUUGUUUUAAUCUUUGAUAACCUCAAAUCUCGCCCUCUCCCUCUCUCUCUCUCUCUCUCAAGUACAAGCUCGAAAAAUCAUCAAAGAUCAAAUAAGCUGACCCCCUUUAACCCGGAUUUUCGUACCUAUAAUUGUGUUAUUAAUCCACAAUUCAAGGAAUCCAGAAAGUGUAGAUUGCUGGAAACCCUUCCCUUCUUGAAUGGGAAUAUCCUUGUCCUGCCCAUUUUCUGAGUACGGCGAUGUGGAUACUGGCUUAGAAUCUGUUAUUGUAAAAUCCAUCAGCUUUGGAGACAAUGAAGCCAAAACUCCGGUACGAUCAGUAAGUUUUGGCAGUCAAGAUUUUGAGCCUACAAUAUUGAAGUCUUUAGGUUCUGGGAAGAUGGUAGUAGAAAGAUCUGUUAGUUUUAAAGGAGGAGAAUUGGAAAGAAUGGUGUCUAUUAGAGCUUCUCCACUAGACAAAGAAAAAGAUGCCUCCACAAAGUUGGUUAGCAUAAACAGCAAAGAGAUGGAUAACCGGUCCCUAAUCUCAGAUGAUAGUUUGGAGACGAUACGAAAGUUGGCAAUUUUUUAUCCCACCAGCCCCAAACACCAGGCUGCUGUAAAAUUGCAGAAAGUGUACAAGAGCUUCCGAACCAGGAGAAAGCUCGCAGAUUGUGCAGUUCUUGUUGAGCAGAGCUGGUGGAAACUCUUAGAUUUUGCUGAACUCAAGCGGAGUUCUAUUUCAUUCUUUGACAUUGAGAAACACGAGUCUGCCAUUUCUCGAUGGUCAAGAGCAAGAACAAGAGCUGCAAAGGUUGGAAAAGGCUUAUCAAAGAACGAUAAAGCACAAAAACUUGCUUUACAACACUGGCUUGAAGCGAUUGACCCACGGCAUCGAUAUGGGCAUAAUCUUCAUUUCUAUUACCUUAAAUGGCUUCAUUCCAAAAGCAGAGAACCCUUUUUUUACUGGUUAGAUAUUGGAGAAGGCAAGGAAGUGAAUCUUGAAAAAUGCCCUCGAUCAAAACUUCAACAACAGUGCAUCAAGUAUCUUGGUCCGAUGGAAAGAAAGGCCUAUGAAGUUGUUAUAGAGGAUGGGAAACUUCUCUAUAAGGAGUCAAGGCAGCUUCUCCACACCACAGAAGAUGCUAAGUGGAUUUUUGUUCUCAGCACCUCUAUGAACUUGUAUAUUGGCAAGAAGCUGAAAGGCAAGUUUCAGCAUUCUAGCUUCUUGGCUGGUGGAGUCGCAACUGCUGCUGGUAGAUUAGUGGUUGAAGGUGGAGUUCUUAAGGCAGUUUGGCCUCACAGUGGUCAUUAUCGGCCUACAGAAGAAAACUUUCAGGACUUCCUUUCAUUCCUCAGAGAAAACAAUGUUGAUCUCACAGAUGUGAAGACAAGUCCCACGGACGAGGAAGACAAUGCUCUUUACAAACAAAGAAGCAGCAAACACCUUAGAAACAACUCAUCAGAUGAGGAUUUGAGUCAAGCAGUGAAUGAUUUAGAAACUGAGGAAAUCAAUGUUCAAGAAUUGACUCCUGAAAAUACCGAUUCUGUUGAAGAAGAGACUUCUUCUGUAGUAGAAAAGCAGAAGUCAAGGCGACUCAGCAACUUUAGUAGAAUAUUGUCCAAUCUUGAAGUGCCAGAAAAGAGUGAAUUGGUUGAGAAAAUGGAAAGUGAAAAUCAUAUGGUUGGAUCACGUGGCAGUAAUACAUCUUCUUCGGUGGAAGAUGGUUAUGAAUCGGCAGAAGAAGGAUUAGGUACAGAACAGCAUUCCUUGGAGCCGAAUGACAACUUGUUUGAUGAAGAACAAGGGGAAGAUGAACAAAAUGUUCCCGAUGAAGCGAUCAUUGAAAGGAUUAAUUCUAAGAAAGGAAUCGCGUCAUAUCAACUGGGGAAGCAGUUGUCUUGCAAAUGGACAACGGGAGCUGGACCGCGGAUUGGCUGUGUGAGGGACUACCCUUCAGAACUUCAGUUCCGAGCUUUGGAGCAAGUGAACUUGUCUCCAAGAAGCUCUCUCCAUUCAAGAAGUACUGGUUUAAUGAAUCGUAAGGUGUCCACACCGACUACUAAUUUUAGCGGAGAAUUAAGACCGAUUACAGGCUUACCAGUGGUAGCAGGGGAGGAAGUUUUGCAAAGAACACAUCCCCUUUAUAAAGCACAAUCAUUGCCUCAUAGGCUUCGGUAGAGGUAGCUAGCUCCUAGUUGAUUUAUUCUUUUCUGUGUAUAGAAAAGAUGAUACAGAAAUUCUUUAUCUUUUUUUUCCCCUUUUGAAAUCAUUUAUACACUUUCUUUUUUUUCUUUUUCCCUGUUCAUUCAUCCUGUACAAGUUGGAACAGAAAUUGUAAAAUCUUUUUGGGGUUUGAAACCCUUUUUAUACAAAAAUGAUAUCUCCAUUCAUUCUUACCAAA